GAAUUGGAACGGGAACGCGCGCCCUUCCUCGUGCAUGAUGAACACGCAUUCGGAAGUUCGGCAGUAGUUAAGAUUUUGUUACUCACACCUUCCUCCAUGGUCGCAGCACCUCCGCAGUCACAGCGUGAUGGACGACGGAGAAGAUGAAGAUUGGUCAAGACCUGCGUACUUAGACAUGUUAGAAUGUUUCGAAAGCUCAAGUUCGACAUCGAUGUCAGUGGUGGCACAGUCCAUGAACGGUCCCAACAUGAAAGUGAGCCACAGCCGCACAAUCGUCCACAUCGAUAUUGACUGCUUUUAUGCACAGGUUGAAAUGGUCAGAAACCCAGCCCUUCGAACCAAGCCACUUGGAAUCCAGCAGAAGUAUCUCUUGGUGACUUGUAACUACAUUGCCAGGUCUCGUGGGGUGACCAAACUGAUGCGGAUAACAGAUGCAUUACAGCGAUGCCCGGAGCUGGUCAUUGUCAGUGGAGAAGAUCUGACACACUACAGGGAAAUGUCUUACAGGAUCACAGAGCUUCUUCGGCAAUUCAGCCCCACCGUGGAGAGGCUAGGAUUUGAUGAAAAUUUCAUUGAUGUGAGCCAUCUUGUGUCUCAACAUUUGGAGAAAGAAGACUCUGAAUCAGAAGUCUGUGGCCAUAUUUAUGGAAAACAAGAUGUAGGUAAUGACUCUCCACCAGCCUGCCCCUGUGGUUGUCACCAGCGACUCCUCAUUGGCUCACACAUUGCCUACGAGAUGCGCGAGGCCCUUCGGAUGCAGCUGGAUAUCACCAGCUGCGGAGGGGUGGCCCACAACAAGCUGCUGGCCAAAUUGGUAGGCUCGGCCCACAAACCCAAUGACCAGACGACGCUAUUCCCGCACAUGGUGGGCAGUCUGAUGGGAAGCCUCACCAAAGUCACUCAAGUCCCAGGCAUUGGCCACUCGACUGGUAAAAAACUGUCCUCCAUGGGGAUCACCACAUUAACUCAGUUGAUUGAAGCACCAUUCUCAAUGCUGAAGGAAGAAUUUGGGUACCAAACUGCAAGUACUAUGCAGAAGCUGUGCCAAGGACAUGAUGAGGCACCUGUUCUACAGUCUGGGCCCCCACAGUCAAUAAGUGAUGAAGAUUCCUUUAGGAAGUGCAGCAGUGUACAGGACGCUCGACUCAAGAUGAAGGCACUCCUCUGCAGUCUUCUGCAAAGAUUAAAGAAGGAUGGAAGGCAGCCCCAUACUUUAAGACUGAGCGUGCGCAAGUACUCCAAGGUUCAUAAAUGGACCCGUGAGAGCCGACAGUGUGGUAUGCCAGAUGGAAUUCAGCACAGCUUGCAAUCAGAUGAAGAUGCAGCAGUGAGCAAACUCUUGGACCUUUGUGUGGGUCUCUUCCACAAGAUGGUGGACACAUCCCAGCCCUUCCAUCUUACUCUAAUAAGUGUGUGCUUUGCCAUGUUCCAGUCGCAGACUAGGUCGGCUUUGAAUAUUACCAAAUUCUUCUCCCCAAGAUCUGCAAAGAAAGGCAGUGAGAAGAGUAUGUCUAGCGCUGAAAGUUUCCUAGAAACAGAGGAGAGAAACAAAUCGAAGGCCUGUUCACAAUCUACCAUCGAUAUUCCCUCGGAUUUGCCAUCUACAUCUGAGAGCGAGAAAAAAAAUGUAUAUGUGCUAACUGAAGGGGUCACUCCAAGUGUAAAUUCCAAAUCAGAGGGCAGGGCGAGUCCGAGCAGUCAUGACUGUCGACUCGUACCUUCGCUUCCCGCGAGUUACACAUUAAAUAUGAGUUUGUCUAACAAUGCUGAAGGGGUCAGAAAUUCCGUCAGUGAAAUUGACCACAGUUUGGUAACUGUAAGUGAGCGGCAGGGGUGUGGUACUUCAUUAAUCAAGGGAGAGAAGACGGCAGCAGUUUCCAAAAUGCCAUCAUUCUUUGCUCAGAAAUCAGACACCCUUUCUUUGUCACAGCCAAGGGUUAGAGUGAGUCAAAACUUGCCGACAGUGGAUGGCAGAGAUUCUCAGGUUCUCUCAGGGACAAGACCAUCAUUGGAUAAGGAAGUAUCGGUUGACAGUGCUAGCUCAAGAAUACCCGACCAGCAGCUGUCUUUGGCAUCAGGGGACCGUGAUGUUGCACCUUCCUCCGUGCCCCCCAACAUUGACCCUUUGGUAUUCGCGGAACUCCCUUCAGAAUUGCAACAGGAACUAACAAAUGAAUGGAGAAUCACACAACACGAUUCCAUGUCUGGAUCCCAAAGUGCAUCCCACAAACCCACAGGAAUCCCACAGGAAUCUCUGCAUACUGAGCUUGUUGGCAUUGACCAGUCUGUUUUCAAAGAGUUACCUUCAGACAUACAAAAAGAGGUCCUACAGCACCAGAAACAACACAAACGAACACUGUCAAGUCCUAAAACUCAGUCAACACUGCCAGUGAAAAGGCCCAGGACCUUUGAAACACGGACCAAAGAAAACACUGGCAAAAGGAGGGGUAUCCAGGACUUCUUCCACAAGAAGUAAUGCAAUAUUAGACAAAUAGCGUAAACAUGUACUGUGAAGUAUUUAACCCUGCGACGCGUUUGCAAUUUUUUCUCACAGCGCUGCAGCGGCUCCUCUUUCGUUGAGUCCAUCCAUUAUUUCUCUGUUAUUGUUGUGGUUUGGGCCCAAAUUCUGUUCUAAAGGGAUCAGAAUGAGUAGGUAGGCUCCCUCGACUCAUAUGGCUAUGAAUCAUUGCACACAAUUAGUUUCCAAAAAUUUUCAGGUACUUUUUUUUGGGGGGGAGGGGACAGCACAAGAAUUACGGCAGAGUGUAUUUGCAACACGUGUGCAGGAAAAUUGAAACAUGUAUUAUUCUAACAAAAUAUCCCCUAAAUAGACUGAAACUAAACUCUGAAACCAUAGAGCUACAAAUUCUAUGAAAAAGAAAGGAAAAAAUAGUAGCCAAACUGUCAAAAACUGAAAAUAUCAUUGAAAGUACAUGUAAACCCUGAAACUGUACAAAAGCCAAACUGUACUUUCAAAACCCAAAAAUUACACAGCGAUUGAAACUAAACAGACUGAAAGUCGGAAACUGAAAGUGUACCAAAAAGCAAGCCAAACUGUGAUUGCAAAACUGUAAACAGAUGGAAACUCUGAAACCGAAACAGUCCAAAACUAAAAACUGUAAUAGCAAAAAGGAUAGAAAUGGCACCAUAUCAAAGACUAAAAUUUGCCCCCCCCC